UGCUCCACACAAGCCUCCAUUUUCAGAUCAGAUUGAAGAAGAAUGGAUGCAUCCGUUCACACACUUUGUUUCGCGGUACCAUAUCUGAUCUGUGUAUUCGACAUUGCAACUAGGCUUCCCUAAUGGCUAUGGAUGAUUCCUUCAAGUGUGGCUUGAAGAUAUGAAACAACAUGUUGUGCUUCCUUAACUAAUCUACUAGAGAGUGUCAUCCCUUGCCAAAUUUUGAAUCCUUAACAUGAUGAUGGCACAUAAGCUUAAGUCCUCGCUUCAAAAGCAGGAAUUUCUUUCUAAGUUAAUCUUUUAUAUAAUAGAGGCUUAAAAUUUGAAUGUUUUUAAUUAGUUUAACUGGGAUCUGAACUUCUUGCUAAAUACCUUUAUGUUGAAUUGUUUCAUGUGAAAUUCUUGUAAAUAUUAUGAACAAUUGUACAUGUUCCAAACAAGCCGCUCUUCGCCACUGCAAACCGCCAUAUAUAUUAGUUUUUGACUUGACCAUAAUUAAGCUCCUAGCUGGGGAAGAAUUCUGCAAUGAUCAUACAAUUAAUAAUCUUGUGUGUGCUUUGUGUCGGCAUCAAUACCGUCCUCCCACUCGCAUCUCUCCUACUCCUACCUAGCUUGCUCCCUCCAUUCCAACUUUAAAAGGAGAUCAUCUCUUUCCACCACUCCAUGCAUCCAUCACACCCAGCUCCCACUCUCUCCUCCAUCCUACAGCUAUAGCUAGUAGCUACUCUACUCCAAGGGCAUGAAGAGCAGGAAGGGCUACGGCGGGCAGCAGGGCCACCUGCUGAGCCCGGUGGGCAGCCCGCCGUCGGACAACGAGUCCGGCGCGGCGGCGGCGGCCGGGUGCGGGAGCAGCGCGGGGUACGCCGGCGGCGGGGACUCGCCGGCCAAGGAGCUGGACCGGUUCCUGCCGAUCGCGAACGUGUCGCGCAUCAUGAAGCGGUCGCUGCCGGCGAACGCCAAGAUCUCCAAGGAGGCCAAGGAGACGGUGCAGGAGUGCGUGUCGGAGUUCAUCAGCUUCGUCACCGGGGAGGCCUCCGACAAGUGCCAGCGCGAGAAGCGCAAGACCAUCAACGGCGACGACCUGCUCUGGGCCAUGACCACGCUCGGCUUCGAGGCCUACGUCGGCCCGCUCAAGUCCUACCUCAACCGCUACCGCGAGGCCGAGGGCGAGAAGGCCGCCGUGGGCGGCGCGCGGCACGGCGACGGCGCCGCCGACGAGGGCCCGCUCGGCGCGGGCGCCGUCGCGGCGGCGGCGCCCGCUGACCGCGCGGGCCACCACGACGCCGGCGGCUCGAUGGACGUCGGGCUCUUGAUGGGGGUCGGCGCCGGCGGGUUCGGCGCCGGCGGCGGGACGUCGUCGUACUACUCGGCGGCCGCGGGGAGGGCGUACGGCGGGGACGGGUCCAAGGUGCUGGAGUUCGACGGCGAGGAGGAGAACGGCCGCGGCAUGCAGAGGGGGUUCGGCGCCGGCCACCUCCACGGCGCCGUGCAAUUGUGAAGGGCGCGCCGUAGCUGUAGUUGUAGGAGGCGACGAACGGCAUAUGCUUCGUAAUCGUAAUUAAUUAACUAAAUUUGCUUCGCGUACUAAUGAACUGUUGCCGCUCUGCAGCUGUUAAGCAGCAGUUUUUUUUAUGCUUUUCAUCGAAUGUUUAAUGACAGGAUUUGAAUUUGAAAGAUUUCUCUUGAUUCGGAAGGAAUUUAGAUAGCUGGUCGAAAUUUGCACGGAAAGUGAUAUGGCAACAGCUCUGUAUUUCCCGAUACAAAAUCAACAGAGGUAGCCGGGUGCAGGGAUGGAAUUGCAACCGGGGAGUGGCGCCAACCGCGUGCCAAAAAUGUUUUUUUAGAAUCGCCACAGAUGCUGUUAAGAGGAGG